GGAGGUGGCCCGAGAGGCCGGGGUGUUAGCAGCACCAUGGAGCCGGAAGGCCGGAAGCCCGGCGCCGUCGUCGCGGUGGCCACCGAACCUCGGUUUGUCCAGCGGUACCGGGCCUUCCUCGAGCAGCAGCAGCUCCUGGACGGCCAGCACCGCGUGGAAAAGCUGCCGGGGGGCGCCGUGGCGCUCCCCGUGCUGGGCGAGGCCCCCUGGGAGCGGCUCCUGCUGGAGCUGAGGACUCGCGUGGCCCCAGGCAGCACCUGUGUGCUGACGCAGCUCCUGCAUCCCGUGCCGUCCAAGAAGGCCCGCGGGUGUCCCCCGGCCCAAAGGCUGUGUCGUGAGCUGCGUCGCUGGGUAGAGGGUCGGGGCGUCGCGUGGUCGGCGGACUUGGAGACGGAUUUGCCCCGAUCUUGGCAACGACACGGCGACCUCUUGUUGCUGAGUGAGGGCUGCUUCCGAGCCAAGCAGUGGAAAGAUCUGGAACCAGAGCUCUGGGAGACGGUGGCCGCGGCCCUUGGCGUCCAGCGUGUAGCCAGACGCGGGCGGGUGUCGCGGGAUGGCACCCGAACUCCAGCCGUGACGUUGCUCCUGGGCGACCACGGCUGGGUAGAGCACGUGGAUAAUGGCAUCCGCUACACGUUUGACGUGACUCGGUGCAUGUUCUCCUUCGGAAACAUCCCCGAGAAGCUGCGGGUGGCCUCGCUGCCCUGCGCCGGGGAAGUGCUGGUGGAUCUCUAUGCGGGGAUCGGCUAUUUUACUCUGCCGUUUCUAGUGCACGCGGGGGCUGCCUUCGUCCAUGCCUGUGAGUGGAACCCGCACGCUGCGGCUGCGCUGAAAACAAACCUGGAACUCAAUGGGGUAGCAGAUCGCUGCCAAAUACACUUCGGGGAUAACAGGAAGCUGAAGCUCUCCAACAUCGCCGACAGAGUGAACCUGGGGCUGAUUCCCAGCUCCGAAGCAGGCUGGCCGGCCGCCUGUCAAGUGCUAAGACAGGAUGCUGGGGGCAUUUUGCAUAUCCACCAAAACGUGGAAUCUUUCCCACGGAAGACUUGCCAGCCCCCUGGAAACAGUGGGGUGGAAGAGGAGCAGUGGCCUUAUCUUCAGCAAAUGAACACCAAGCAUGGGGGAAAUGGAAUGUCCAGGGAUUCUGGGAGAAAAAUACUGGCAGGGACCGCCAAGCCUGAGUGGCAAAGUUGGGCGGAAUCUGCCAAAACGCGAAUUGUCGCUCUUCUCCAGCAGGUGCACGGGGGACUGUGGAAGACCCAAGUCCUGCACAUCCACCCAGUGAAAUCCUACGCCCCCCACGUAGAUCACCUUGUCCUGGACCUGGAGUGCCGCCCUUGCCCACUGGUUGGUUAGAGGAGUUUUCUCAGAGGAUUUUCUGGAGAAUAGAUUGGCUUGGGCAAGAAGAGGCAUCUAAUGGAACCAAGGAAGAGACAGGAGGGUUCAAGAGGGCCCCAGAGUCCUUGUUGCCUCAAUCCAGGAAUUCGUAGAAGCCCUAAAGACUUCCCAUCGAAGCUUCAGUGCUAGUUGCCAGCUACUGCUCCCACCUGAUGGACAUGUUGCGAUUUAAAAAUACUGGGUUUUUUUUCAAAACUUUCUCAACCUUGAGCUCUAUUUAGUAACACUAUGGUUUAUAUAAAUUAUGUGCACACAAGACUACACAAGUACGCUAUGUACAUUUGAAUUACAUAAACAGAAAAUUAUGUUUACUAAGUAAUGAGCAACAAAUAGGAAACUCAGACCCUCCUACUCAGCCAUGCAUCUGAUAGAGAGAAAAGGUCAUUCUAAGCAGCCUUGAGGUACCAGCCACUUCACACUGCAAGGCAGAACUAGCCAUCUUCAAAUGAAAGCAUUGUUUUAAGUGGUUGUAACUAGAUGUUUCUCAAACUAGUGAACAUCCCAUCCAGCACACACACUCUGGUGA